AUGUUGGAAGCAAGACUCCAAAAUGCCGUCGUUCUCAAGCGAGUGUUUGAAGCAAUGACCUGUCUGGUCAGCGAGGUGAACCUCGACUGUGAUGAAUCCGGCUUAAAGCUACAGGAUACUGUCUCCGUGCAAAACGAAGACGAAGGAGAUAUGAUCACCUUUGUAUUUGAAAACAACGCCGAAGAGAAAACAUCUACAUUCAGCUUACGGUUGAUGGGGAUCGAGCAGGAAUCUCUUGGUGUUCCUGAUGAAGAGGAGAGCGACGUAGAGAUAACAUUCAGCGCCAAGGAAUUCGCCUCGAUCGUGAAUACCCUGAAAGAGUUUAGUGAUUCAGUGCGUAUUGAUGUAGACAAAAACGGCGUUAAAUUCAUCACCAAUGGAGAUAUAGGAGGAGGAGAAGUUGUUUUAAAACCAAGAGAAGGAAACUCUGAUGAUGAUCUUGAUGUUGGGGUUGAUAUUAAAGUCAAUCACCCCGUCAGCCAGACCUAUGCGGUGAAGUAUUUAGUGUUUUUCUCAAAGGCUGCAUCUUUAAGCAACUGUUGUAAGCUAUCAUUGACUGCUCAUCGUCCUAUUGCAGUUAAAUUUGAUAUAUUAGACCCUAUUCAGGGAGAAAGCCGCAGUGCAGCCCCGAAGUUGGGUCAUUUCAAGUUCUAUCUCGCACCCAAGAUGGAUGACGAUGAAGUAGAACAAAACCCGGCAGAAGAUAUGCAAACAGAAGGACCCAAGGCAGAAGGCCAGGUUAAACCAGAAGAAGAUAUGGAUAACUAA